ACAGCAAACAAUUUAAAAGUGCACCAGAGAAUUCACACUGGAGAAAAACCUUACAAUUGUUCACACUGUGACAAGAGAUUUAGUGAUUCAUCAUCUCUGAAAAUACACGAGAGGAUCCACAGCAGAGAGAAGCCGCACACGUGUGAUCAGUGUGGAAAGAGUUUCACUAUUAAAAGUAACCUGAAGAUACACAUGAGAAUUCACACUGGAGAAAAACCUUACAAGUGUUCACACUGUGACAACAGAUUCAGUCAGUCAUCACAACUGAAAACACAUGAGAGGAUCCACACUGGAGAAAGAUCUUACAAGUGUUCAUACUGUGACAAGAGAUUCAGUCGUUCAUCAUCUCUGAAAUCACAUGAGAGGGUCCACACUGGAGAGAAGCUGCACACGUGUGAUCAGUGUGGAAAGAGUUUCACUAUUAAAAGUCACCUGAAGAUACACAUGAGAAUUCACACUGGAGAAAAACCUUACAAGUGUUCACACUGUGACAACAGAUUCAGUCAGUCAUCAUCUCUGAAAACACAUGAGAAGAUCCACACUGGAGAAAAACCUUACAAGUGUUCACACUGUGACAACAGAUUCAGUCAGUCAUCAUCUCUGAAAACACAUGAGAAGAUCCACACUGGAGAAAAACCUUACAAGUGUUCACACUGUGACAAGAGAUUCAAUCAGUCAUCAUCUCUGAAGACACAUGAGAGGAUUCACACUGGAGAAAAACCUUACAAGUGUUCACACUGUGACAAGAGAUUCAAUCAGUUAGCACAUCUGAAACAACACAAGAAGAUCCACACUGGAGAGAAGCUGCACACAUGUGAUCAGUGUGGAAAACGUUUCACUAUUAAAAAUCACCUGAAGAUACACAUGAGAAUUCACACUGGAGAAAAACCUUACAAGUGUUCACACUGUGACAAGAGAUUCAGUCAGUCUUCAUCUCUAAAAACACAUGAGAGGAUCCACACUGGAGAGAAGCCACACACGUGUGAUCAGUGUAAAAAGAUAUCUUCAGUGUGUUUCAUUCUGCAGGUCCACAUGAGAAUUCACACUGGAGAGAAACCUUUCACCUGCCAACAGUGUGGAAAGAGUUUCAGUCAAAAAGGAAACCUUAAAGGCCAUAUGACAACUCACACUGGAGAAAAUUGA